AUGACGGCUGCAUUUUGGACGCAUUCUAGACGGACUUCUGCACGCCAAAAAUAUCACAGCGUCAAUGUUUUGUGCUCACUUCAUCGCUUCCAUCCGAGCUUUGAUGGCAAAAGGGUCAUUGUUGUCUCCGUAGGGUUCCAGCGGAGGCUGAUUCGCCUCGCUGACGAAAUUGUCGCAGCCAUACGGGUCUCCGAGAGAGGAGCUGUACCUGGACUCCGUCGCUGGUUUGCCAUGACUACCCAUUUUUUGGCAGUUGCGAAAAUGCCGGUCACGAAUCUGGAUCAUAUGAGAAAAAUCGUUAAAAUGACAAAUGAAAAUACUCGGCUAGGCGUGACCGAAAAUAACGAUAUUUCGUUGCUACCAGUUGACGGCGAUUCGGCGAAUAACGCGGAAAUUGAGCAAAAUGCUCUUCCGUCAGGUGAUGAUCAAGCAGUGAGGUCACUGAAAAAAAAACUUUUGCUUGCGUCGAUCCCGUUCUUCGUCAGCUUGGGAGUUCUCUUCUGGAAAAUCUACCAAUUGAUCACGAGUGUACAAGAUUACAAUGCUUCCCCGACUGUUUCACCUGAAAUCAUCAGACACAUCAUGCAAACGCACAACGCAACACGAGUUUUCGUUAUUUCGAGAGACCAAAACUACACUGUUGAUAGUGACAUGUGCGGAGGGUUUUGCAAAAUAUUCGUUUUGCUCUUCAUCUCUGCGGGAAUGAUUGGCAUCGUUUUAUGCGUCUUUUGGCUACUCCUGCUCUCGGUUGACGAAUGGGUACACAGAAAAUCGAACGUGCACAACGAUACCGUCAUGUCCUUGGCGGAAAAUUCCACAGUGUUGGCAAUAGGACACCAGCAGCUGGUGGUUGUGACGGAAAGGGAACUGAUGGGACUGGAGAAGAUGGUUAACUGUAAGUUGAUCACCAGUUUACUACCGCCUGUCCCUGAAUAUAGCAUGGUCGCAAAUACUUCGGAGUGCAUCCCAAGUCGGAAACACUCCCUUCCGCUCAGCGACGAGCUCACCCCACCACGACGUCAUUCCGGUCGCGACGUCAAGCCGCGCGGACUGACAGAACUUUUGAAUCAUCCCUCGAAGGCGGUUCGAAUGCCGCCGGCAAACGGCUGGGUUCCCAGUGUUGCAACGGUUGGGGCAGGGGCGUGGAAUUUCCUGGCUUUGUGUUUCCUUCAUGUGGCGGCCCUUGAGUGUGAGGGAAGAUUCUCCCUUGCUUGUGGACUCGCUCUAUCAACAGAGGGUCACCUCUCGUGUACAAGUGCCGUGUAUUGUAUCUUCGCGAGUGAUAUCCUCAAAGUGUCGACGUUUUUUCCCACGACGCCGCAGCUGGCGAAUCGCUGA